AUGUCUGUCAGAACAGCACUCGCACAGACUGCGCGGUCCAGCGCCACCCGCGCCCCCGCUCGUCGCCCGCUCUCUCAUCGCCUCGCCUCGUCGUCUGCCCCUCCUCCGCCCGCACCGACAGCGGCAGAGCAGCACGCAGCGAGGCAGCUUGACUGGCCGACGUACCUCUCGCUCAGGAAGAGCCAGCGGGUGUACGGUCUCGUCGCCAGCAUCCCAACCACCCUCAUCGGUUUCAGCGCAGGAGCGGGUUACUUUGCCACCAUCGAAUCCGACCCAGGCGACCUCAUCUUUGGCAUCGAACCCGUCUACGCCUACGGCCUCGCAACCCUCUCUUGCGUCGGACUCGGAUGGCUCGCUGGCCCGACCGUCGGCGGAGCGCUGUGGAGGUUGACGCACCGGAAUGUGGCGAAGGCGAUGGAGGCGAAGGACAAGGAUUUCUUCCGUCACAUCUCACGGUGGCGCGCCGACCCCUCUCGGCAAUCAGCAACCAACCCUGCACCCGACUACUACGCCGAGAAAGUCGGCUCGCUCCGCCAAUACCGCUCGUGGCUGCGCGACCAGAACAUCUUCCGCCGCAAGGCAGCGUUCGGGUCAAAGGACGAGGCGGUUUUGUGA